CGAAGAAGAGGAGCGGGCAAGAGAAGGAUGCCUCCCCUGCAGUAAAGCCAGCGCCGGGAGCGGGGGCGGGGUGGGUCGUGCCAACACCGCCCCCCCGAUGGUCUCUGCCGCUAAUGCCGUUUUUCUGCCGCUGCGCAAGGAGUCCCUGCGAAUGUAAUUCACCUGCCACUGCCUUCAGCAGGAAAGAAGCUAAUCCCAUUUGGCGAUUUAGCGGGCCCGCCGCCAGCAGGUGAGGCGGCGGUGGCGGUGGGUUCCCGGUCUGAGCCGUGCCCGGCCGGCCCCGGAACUGCCCACGAUGCCCGUAACAGAUCAAGCCUUUGUGACCCUUGCUACUGAUGACGUGUACUGUCAAGGCGCUCUGGUUCUCGGACAGUCACUGAGGAACCAUAAGACAUCUAGAAAAUUGGCAGUUCUAAUUACACCAGAGGUUUCCAGUGGGAUGAGGUCAGUCCUCCGCAGUGUAUUUGAUGAAGUAAUCCAGGUGGAUGUGCUUGACAGUGCUGACUCAGUCCAUUUGGCUCUGAUGCAGAGGCCAGAACUGGGUGUAACCUUCACUAAGCUUCAUUGUUGGACUCUUACUCAGUACAGCAAGUGUGUGUUCAUGGAUGCAGACACUUUGGUACUUUGCAAUGUUGAUGAAUUGUUUGAUCGAGAAGAGUUUUCAGCAGCUCCUGAUUCUGGCUGGCCUGACUGCUUUAAUAGUGGAGUAUUUGUGUUCCGUCCCUCUUUGAAAACCUACAACCUACUGCUCCGGUUUGCUGCCGAACACGGCAGCUUUGAUGGAGGUGAUCAAGGACUGUUGAAUAGCUUCUUCAGCAACUGGGCAACAGCAGAUAUUGGCAAACACUUACCUUUCCUCUACAACUUAAGCAGCAAUGCUGUAUACACCUAUGUUCCUGCUUUCAAUCAUUUUGGUAGAGAUGCCAAAGUUGUUCACUUCUUGGGAGCGACAAAGCCCUGGAACUACAAAUACAACCUUCAGACAAAGAGAGUUAUGCAGGAUGGCACCACCUCUGGAUCUUUUCAUCAGCUGUCAUUUCUUGCCCUCUGGUGGAAUAUAUACAGUGCCAGCAUACUGCCUUUGUUAGAAAAACUUCAAAAGGUGGAAGAAUCAGAAUCUGAGGAAUGUAAGCACACUUUCAAUGGAGUUGAAAUUACACUGAAGAAGGUCAGUCCUUGUGUGCCCAAUUCACAGCAAACGCCUGAGCUUCCGGAGCAGGCAAAUGAAAUAAAUCCCACAGUGUCUUCACCCGAGGAACUCACUUUCGAAGCUCAACCUGUACAUGAAGUUGAACCAAGCGAUUCUAGCAUCCAUCUCUCUGAGCCUGACAGACCUUCAGAACAACCUGUGUCCCAUCCUGCGUUUCAGGAACCCUCAGAACUGAACGAGGUUGCAGAUUCUGUUUCAGAGCUGUCUAUUCACCUCAAACCAGCAAAACCAAUUCCAGAAGAUGAGCGGAGAAAAUGGGAGGAGGGGCGCAUGGACUAUAUGGGGAAAGAUGCUUUUGAACAUAUCAAAAAGAAAUUGGAUGCAUUUUUACAUUAAGAUAGAGUGUAUUAUAAAGGCCAUCGUGAUAUAUGUUUCUUCUAUAAAUGCAAUUCUUGAAUACUUGGCUAUCUUAACAGUUUACCUGUUGCCAGAGGUUAUUAUGGAUCCUCAUAGAUUCUUGGACGAGAUUAACAGAUACAGACUCUUCUUUUUUAACUGAUGUGUGCCUCAUCUUUAUUGUUACUUUUGUCUCAUCUUCAGUGUUCUCCAAUAGUGCCUUCUAAAGAAUAAUGAAUGGUAUGCUCUGAGUAUGAUCUCUCAUGUAUUUAGCAUUGUUCCCUGUUCCUCCCUACAGCAUUCUGCAGAAACAGUCAUGAGUGGGAAACAUGUGGGAAGUUGAGAUUAUUUUGGAAGUUCAGUUUAUUUUGCAGACUGAAAUUAUUCCUGAAGUAUUUAAAAGAAGCUAUAAAGCUAUUUAAAUAAAAAACUUGUUCCAGAAACCAAAUAAAUGCUUUCAAGGGUAACCAUGAUGUAGACUUCAAUAUGAGAAAAAAGUGAGGAGAUGAAAUCUGUCCUCAUAGGAGUCUGCAACAAAACUUUUAAAUUUAAAUAUGAUUAGGGUUAGAGGAACUGCAGACUUCAUCUGAGAUCACUAGUGGAUGUUCUGUGUUUGUCUGUUUACAGGAAGAUGUUCAGCUUUAUAACUAGUGUAAGGGAAGAGUGGUUUAAAACCCUUAAGACAGACUGCUAAUGUAUGUUAACCUUUCAUAUUGUUGCUUUAGGAUACUGUUGCUUUAUAAAAUAUUGUUAGCUUUACUUGAGUAUUCUCAGUUGUGUAGUCAGAGGAAGAAACACGGAUGGUAUGGUGUAAACCUUCUGGUGCUUUAUAUCAAUUUGUUUACAGUACUUCAAACUGCAGCUGAUACAGGCUUCCUUCUUGCUCAGCAUGAUAGCCCCAUAUUACAGGCAAUUUGAGUGCAAAUGAAAACUCAAUUGGCACUUGUUUUAGUAAACAGGCCCUUUGAAGAUAUUUUAAACAAUAGCUGUGUGUGGGAACCAAUAAAUCUGUGAGGGUUGUUCCAGAAAAAAAUCUACUGAUGAGACUCCAUUUUAUUACGGGUACUUAGGAGGGAUUGUUUUGUGAAUUUGGGUAUUUAAAUUUGAUUCAGUGAGUUUGUCUUAACAAACACAAAAAAGUACUUUCUUUCAAAGUAGAAAACAUUGAAAGAAAGGAUUUUGACAGUUAUGCUAAUAUGAUAACUGAUUUGACACAGUUAUCUGUAACAUCACUCAAUAUUAGAAUAUAAAUUCUGCAGUGAUGAUGCAGGACUUGAAAAUUUUGGUUUUAAUAUGUCACCAAUUUUGGUAGAGAUAUACAUAAUGAAAUAACUUGGGAAUUCUGUUUAAAAAUACUGUUACAUUAUGCAAGGAUGCACAAAUUAGGAAAUUAAUGAAAGAGAUAAAAAGUCCUUUAAAAGAAGAAAAAUAUAUCUUUGAGUAUCUUAGAAUUAAUUUCUAAUAUUCACAAUAGUGGAUUUGCUUUUACUUUUGUAGGAUUUUUCUGAUUUUUGCCUAGUUCUCAUUUAUUCUAAGCACUCUUUAAAAGAGUGAAUCUCAUUGGUGUGUCUUCUGCAUAUAAGCUUCUAGCUUAAGUUAGAUGUUUUAGGGUCAGCAGAGAAAUGGGGAAGAAUCAUCUCUCUUUGGCUAACCUGGGGACCCUCGAUAGCCAGCGCCUUUCUGGGUAGGUGACCUUCACACCUUAGUGCACGUAGGUGCAUCCUACCUCUUGGUGCUGUGGCCCAGUGCAGCACUUGUGUGGAGACGGCAGAAGCUGCACUGUCCUCUUACUCGCAUGGCAUUUGAUCUGCUGAUUAGCCCUGUUUCUUUGUGAUCCUUCUGCACUUCUGAGAAAGUUUUGUUUUAUAAGCAUUGUUGCUAACAUAAUUCAAACGGGUUUUGAAGACUAUAAAACUAGUCAGCAGUGUGAACUCACGCUUCAGGCAGCUGGACUUUUUACAGUAACAACUAGAUUUUACUGGGCACAUUAAUUAGAUUAUGGGAGAAAAAUUACUGAAGUGAAAUCAGUAACUGAAAGUUUUUUUAAAUAGGUGUAUGUAGUAAAAGGAGUUGUUACUGGACACGUCAAACUGUUAGUAUGUAAAAUGGUACUGUGUGUCUUAUACAAUGUUUUGCAAAGAAUGUACAUUAAUGUAAUGGAAAUAAAAGAAAUGGAAAAGACGUAUGAAGUCAUGUACUUAUCAGAUGAUAGGUUGCUACAGGUUGUUUACAAUAUGCCAGGGAUUAUUACUUGUUACUGACUAGUUACUUUAAUUUUUUUUUAAUUUGAUUUAAUUGCUUUUGAGACAUUUAGCAUUACCUGCUGAGCAGAAUUAAAAGGUUAGACUUAUAAUUAUUUCUACAGACAUAUGUAAUUAUAAUGUUUAGGAUCUCCUGAAUUAGCACAACACCAUUUUGUUUAUUAUAUUUCAUGGAAAAGUGUAGCUGUUAAAGGCCCUGCCCAAGUUUUUUUGUCCUGUCUUCACAUCAAAAAAAAGUUGAACUAAUUACACAUAGUGUAGUGUUGCAGUGGCUUCUAGCACACAACUGUUGUCACCAAUGUGUGAGAAGGGAGAAUCUUGUAUGUGACUCCAGAAUUUGCAAGUCCUGUGCUUCAGGCAGCAUUGUGUGCUUUUAUGGACAUCAUUCUGAAAUCCUGAGAUCACAGGCAGGUCUGAGGGGUGUUAUGGGCUGCAUGCUGCCACGAAUCAUAGGGCUGAGGUUUCCUAAGUUGAAACAUAACUUGGGAAGAAAAAACUUAUCAAGCUUUACCUGGAAUUUUUCCACAUUAAACUGUGGUAUAGCCCCAAGUAUUUUUAGGAUGAAGAAAGUUAAGCUUUGGCUUUUUGGUGGGUGGCACUAUUCUUCUUUAACAAGGCCGGACUAUGACCUAUUGCUGUGUGGCAGACUGUAUUUAAAGAGGACAGCUUGUGUUUAAAACAAAACAUGCUGAUGCUGCUUCUGUCAUGUGCUUGGAGUUAUUCAUAGCCUGACUUAGAGGGUAAUUUUAUUUGCCAUACAACAAUUUUAUUGGGUGCUCUUCAUGUAAAAACAGGAGAUAGUGUAGGUUAGACGUGUGGGUUAAUGCACUUUCCUAGCCUACAGAAAAGGAGAUUGUUCUUGAAAUAUCACUUUUCUUAAUGCCUGGUGUCUUGCGAGGACUCUUCCAACUGCGUUAUUCUUUGUAAAUAAGACGUUUCCUUUGUCUCUCUAGUUCAUUCAGCUCACAGUGGUUUUUCUGAAGCUGGUAUUUGAAAAAGUGCUUAGUUGUUUCAUUUUGGUUGUUUUUUCACUUUGAUUUUUCUGUCCAUGAAUGGGAGGCUGGGUUAGUAGCAGGUGGCAAUAUAUGUUUGUGUGCUCCCGUAAACAUAUAGUUGUUCAGCAGCAACAAGUGUGCAGCAUGCCUGCUUAUUCCUUAAUGGAUGUGAUUCUGUUGCUUUCCUAAUCGAAACUGUUUUGAUUCCUAUGACUUUGAAAAUAACAUGAGAUGGGCCCGUUUUCUUAAGUCACAUCUCAUUAAUUCACAUCUCACAUUCCAAUUCCCCAACAAUUUUCUUGUCAUAAUAUUGGGAUUUUAUUUCUGUAGUUUGUUUUUUAAAAUCAGCCUUUUAAAUGAGAUUAAAUGCAUCGUAGUAAGUUCUUAAAUGGCCUGCAAAAAUACGUGUCAGUUAGUGGUCAUUGAAGCAGUCUGCAUUGUCAGUAUAUUGUUUGCAAAAUGUUUCAGCUAAAAUUCUGUUCAUCCUAAGUUGGAUGGCUCAUAAAGAACAAUUUCUUUGGUGCUGUCAGUUAAAGGGGUGACAUUCAAGUUUUACUUUACAUCCUGGUAUAAGCUUUCAACUUGUAAUAACAUCAUACCAUAAUCAUAUCAAAGGUAGUUAAAAAAGUACAAUGAUAUAUAUUUGACUCAAACAUCAUAAAUAAUAAUUGUUAGAAAACUGAAAAUCAUAUGCUACGAAUAAGGGGGAAAAAUAGUUGCAAGGUUUUUUUCCUGAAUUUUACUUUGACUGUUGUCAGAGCCCUUUCAAAUUCAACAAACUUGAUGGACAAGAAAAGUAAAAUUCCAAGACAGCCAGCCUCUGACUGGUGAUUAUUUUAGGAUUUGCAGGAUGGCAUGAUGUUAGCUGCCUUGGAAAAGUGUCUGUUCCAUUUUAUGGCACAGUACAGUGUUCUGAACAAUGAUAAAUACAUGAAACAGUUUAUUUGUUUUAUUUAAGAGCAGUAAGAUAUUCAAAGCCUUCUCAUAGUAUUAAAUACUUGGAACAGAACUGACUGCAUGUGAUGGGUGGGUACCUGUUUUAUCUUUUGUUCAGAGACUAUUUUUUUUUUUUUUUCAUUUUUAAACCUCCAUAAAUUCUUUCUGUUUCCAAACCUUUUACUUACAAUUUUUAGACAAAUGGCAGAGUAGAAGUCAGGGUUGUUUGGAUCCUAUAAUAAUGCCUUUUAUAUCAACAUGGGGAGUUGAGAUUUUUUUAAAAUGUUUUUUUCUUGCUUUCAAAAAAUCUUAAUAAUGCAGUUGUAUGGUAAUCCAAAAAGAAGCCAGGUUUUGAAUA